GAAAGUGUGCUUCAGAGGCUGAGAGGAGUGCUGCUCACCAUGGAGGUGACUCGGUAUCAGUUCUCCAGGUCAGCCAACAAUUCUGAAGAAAGGGUGCUUGCUCAUUUCAGCAAGGUCUCGUUAUUAUUGGAAGACAGGCCAGAUUUCCCCGAAGAGCUCCGGGGUGCCAAGAAAGGGGUGUUGUACCUCACCCAAUACAAAAUUGUAUUCCAGCACAAAGACAAGGGAUCGACCAUCAUUCGUUUCCCACUUCAGCUUCUGCAAGGUUGUCUGUUGGAGGAUGAGCCUGACUCCAAACUCCAGUGCAUCAAAGGAACCCUGACUUCCAGCCAGGGGAUGAUGUCCUUCAAGCUUAUCUUCCAGUAUGGAGCUGCAGAAUGCCUCAACAUGAUUAAAGAUCUAUCUGAAGCAGACACCUUGAAAGAGGGCCACAACCUCCAAGAACACCCCACUGCCUCCAUCUUCACCUAUGGCCACCCUGCGGCACCUCGGUCUGCUCGUUGUCUCAGCAUGCUCCCACUGUGGCCUCCCCCAUACCCUGGCCCACCAGACCUCCCUCCUCCCUAUUCUGAAAUGGAAGCCACGUCCCCGCAAGGGAACCGGGGUUCAGAAACCCAGGAGGGCUGUUGCCACUGCAGAAGGCAGCAAAUCCAGAAUCAAACCAACAGGCAGGACUAAGAACUGA